AUUAGAAAGGACAAUCGAAGUUACGCUCACGAAGAAACGAAAAUGAAGCUUACAGGAUCAUGCUAUUGCCGAGCCAUCGAGUACGAGCUCAACCUCGGUUCACCUGAUGAUGCUAGAACGUCGCUUUGCCACUGUCACAAUUGCAAGAAGGUUUUCGGCGGCAACUACGGAUUAACGGCAAAGGUCUCGAAAGACUCCUUCCAUUAUACGAAAGGGAAGCCAAAGGAACACGUAAUGGACAAUGGCAGCGGGGUUAACGUGUUUCGAGAAUUCUGCGACACAUGCGGCUCAUUCAUAUUAGAAUACGGAGAGCCGGUAAAGGACAAGUUUCGCUACAUCGUUUGGGGGAGUCUUGAUAAUCCAGAAGCCUUGCCACCGAAGGGAGAGUUCUUUUGCAAGGAGAGAAUGACAUGGAUGCCGGAAAUUCCAAAUGUCUUUCACAAGCAAGAGGUCAAGGAGUGAUGAGCUUUGUCAAAAUAUGCUUCUAAUUCUCCAGCACCACGAAGAAUAUGUCUUCAAAUGAUCUACAGACUCAUACCUCGUACUAUACUUCCUUUUCG